UUAUAAUCAUGUCUUCCCUUGUUCCCUCUCCAUGGUGAAAAACGCUCCUGUGUUUUACAAAACCUCUCCGUUUGGAUGUGCUAGCAAUCUGUAAUAUGUAGAUGCUCGAACCCCUGCAUGUUAUCUCCUCAUCGCUCUUCAUUUUCUUUUUUGGGCUCUAUUCUAUUUGGCCGCAGAGAAUCCCACAGAGACUAGAGAGGUCACUUAAUCACUUUCCCCUGCAACAGCACUCUAAUCAGACCUUGUUCGACACUUGAACAGAAAUGGACGAGAGCAGCAUAGCGAGCAAUGUUGCUCGAGCCAUAGUUGCAGCCCUAGAUUGGAGCUCUUCACCUGAAGCAAGAAAAGCUGCUGUCUCCUACUUGGAGUCUAUAAAGGUAGGAGAUCUUCGUAUUUUGGCAAACAUAUCAUUCCUUUUGGUUAGGAAGGAUUGGUCUUCUGAGAUUCGGUUGCAUGCUUUCAAAAUGUUGCAGCAUUUGGUUCGGUUAAGAUGGGAAGAAUUGAAUUCCAUGGAAAGAAGAAACUUUGCCAAUGUUGCUGUAGAUUUGAUUUCUGAGAUGGCAAAUCCUUGUGAAGAAUGGGCUUUGAAAAGUCAAACAGCUGCGCUUGUGGCCGAGAUAGUUAGGAGAGAAGGGCUAAGCCUGUGGAAAGAACUCCUUCCAUCUCUAGUUUCUCUAUCGAACAAUGGUCCUAUACAAGCUGAGUUGGUUUCCAUGAUGCUGAGGUGGCUUCCUGAAGAUAUUACAGUUCAUAAUGAAGAUUUAGAAGGUGAUCGACGCAGGCUAUUAUUACGUGGGCUUACUCAAUCGUUGCCUGACAUCUUGCCUUUAUUGUACACUUUGCUUGAGAGGCACUUUGGGGCUGCUUUGAGUGAGGCAGACAGACAACAAUUGGACCUUGCAAAACAGCAUGCAGCCACAGUAACAGCUAUUUUGAAUGCUAUUAAUGCAUAUGCUGAGUGGGCCCCUUUACCUGAUCUUGCAAAAUAUGGCCUAGUUCAUGGAUGUGGGUACUUACUUUCUUCUCCUGAUUUCCGUCUCCAUGCUUGUGAAUUCUUCAAACUUGUCUCCCCAAGGAAGAGGCCUGUUGAUGCUUCUGCUUCUGAAUUUGAUUCUGCAAUGAGUAAUAUCUUUCAGAUCUUGAUGAAUAUAUCUAGAGACUUCUUAUGCAGAAGUAAUUCAAGUGCUGGUGGCAUGGAUGACAGUGAAUUUGAAUUUGCUGAAUAUAUAUGUGAGAGUAUGGUCUCUUUGGGUUCUUCAAACUUGCAAUGCAUUGCCUCAGAUAGCACCAUUCUUCCUCUAUAUCUUCAAGAGAUGCUGGGAUAUUUUCAACAUAUAAAGCUUGCUCUUCAUUUUCAAUCUUUGCUUUUUUGGCUGGCACUAAUGAGGGACUUGUUGGCCAAGCCAAAGGCUGCUGCGCAAGCAACUGGGGAUGGUUCUGCUGUUUCCAAUCUGAGUUCUGCUUCUGGACAAGCUGAUAAGGAAAAGAAAGGAAUUUUGAAUUUCGUUAAUGACGAUAUCUGUAGUGCUAUUCUGGAUGUAUCUUUUCAGCGUAUGCUAAAGAGAGAAAAAGUUCCACCUGGAACAGCUCUGUCUCUAGGGGCACUGGAGUUGUGGAGUGACGAAUUUGAUGGCAAGGGAGAAUUUAGCCAAUAUCGUUCUAGGCUUUUGGAGUUGAUCCGAUUUGUUUCUUCCCACAAACCUUUUGUAGCUGCAUCCAGGGUUUCUGAGAGAAUUGAUACAGUUAUUAAGAGCCUUUUGCAUGCACCAAAGCCUGCUCAGGAGUUAGCUAUAAUGGACAGCUUGCAACUGGCACUGGAGACUGUUGUGAGUGUAAUUUUUGAUGGAUCAACUGAAUUUGGUGGGGGUAGUUCUGAAGUUCAGAUCACACUAUGUAGAAUAUUUGAAGGUCUACUUCAGCAAUUUCUUUCAUUGAAAUGGACUGAGCCAGCACUAGUGGAAGUACUUGGGCGCUAUUUAGAUGCAUUAGGGCCUUUCCUGAAAUAUUUUCCAGAUGCAGUUGGUGGUGUCAUCAAUAAACUUUUUGAACUGCUGACCUCACUUCCUUUUGCAAUUAAGGAUCCUUCACUCAAUAGUGCUCGCCAUGCAAGGUUGCAAAUUUGUUCUUCAUUUAUUCGGAUUGCUAAAGCUGCUGAUAAGGUCCUCCUUCCUCAUAUGAAGGUAAUUGCUGACACCAUGGGCUAUCUGCAAAGGGAAGGGCGUUUACUUCGUGGGGAACAUAAUCUUCUAGGUGAAGCAUUUCUUGUUAUGGCUUCUGCUGCUGGGAUUCAGCAACAGCAAGAAGUUUUGGCUUGGUUACUUGAACCUUUGAGUAAACAGUGGAUGCAGGUAGAAUGGCAAUGUGUUUAUUUGUCUGAGCCAGCAGGACUGGUCCACUUGUGCUCUGAGACAUCAUUUAUGUGGUCAAUUUUCCAUACUGUAACAUUCUUUGAGAAGGCUCUUAAAAGGAGUGGAGUUAGAAAAAGCAAUUUAAAUUUGCAAAAUGCAUCAGUAUCGAGUUCUAUUCCUUCACAUCCUAUGGCUUCUCAUUUGUUGUGGAUGCUCCCUCCUCUCUUAAGACUGCUUCGUGCUAUACAUUCUCUCUGGUCUCCCUCAGUAGCUCAAACCUUACCAGGAGAGUUCAAGGCUGCAAUGAGCAUGAGUGACAUUGAACGGGCUAGUCUUCUUGGGGAAGGGAACUCUAAACCAUCAAAGGGUGCAUUAACUUUCACAGAUGGAUCUCAGAUUGACAUGAACAAGGAAGGAUUUGUGGAGCCCAACGAAAAUGACAUAAGAAAUUGGUUGAAAGGUAUCAGAGACAGUGGGUACAACGUUUUGGGCCUAUCAACAACUCUUGGGGAUUCCUUUUUCAAAUCCAUGGAAAGUCACUCUGUUGCUUUAGCUCUUAUGGAGAAUAUACAAUCAAUGGAAUUCAGGCAUAUAAGGCAGCUUGUUCACUUAGUUCUGAUUCCAUUAGUCAAGUUCUGCCCUUCAGAUUUAUGGGCGGAGUGGCUAGAGAAGCUCCUGCAUCCAUUAUUUCUCCACUGUCAGCAAGCUCUUAGUUGUUCAUGGUCCAGCCUUCUAAGGGAAGGUAGAGCAAAGGUUCCAGAUAUGCAUGGCAUCCUCACUGGAUCAGACUUAAAGAUAGAAGUGAUGGAGGAAAAGUUGCUUCGGGAUUUAACUCGUGAAAUAUGUUAUCUACUCUCAGUUUUAGCUUCACCUGGGCUAAACAAUGGACUCCCUUCCUUGGAACAGUUUGGACAUGUUAAUCGGGUAGAGGCAUCCUCCCUCAAAGACUUGGAUGCUUUUUCCACGAACUCCUUGGUUGGCUUUCUCUUGAAACACAAGGGUACAGCUCUUCCAGCACUGCAAAUAAGUAUAGAAGCUUUUACAUGGACAGAUGGUGAAGCUGUCACAAAAAUUUCUUCUUUCUGUGGAGCUAUGAUUCUUCUAGCUAUUUCGACAAAUAAUAUUGAACUUCGAGAAUUUGUUGCCAAGGACUUGUUCUAUGCAAUUAUCCAAGGUUUGAGCCUUGAAUCAAAUGCCAUUAUCAGUGCAGACCUUGUUGGCCUCUGUCGGGAAAUUUUCAUAUAUCUCUCUGAUAGGGACCCCUCUCCUAGACAGGUUCUGCUUUGUCUUCCUUGUAUUACAUCCAAUGACUUGCUUGCUUUUGAAGAAGCUUUGACAAAGACAGCUAGCCCUAAGGAGCAAAAGCAGCAUAUGAAGAGCUUGCUUUUAUUAGCUACGGGAAAUAAGUUGAAAGCACUUACUGCUCAAAAAAGCACAAACGUAAUCACAAAUGUUUCAACAAGGACUCGCAGUUCAGGCAUGGCUCCUGAAAUCAACACUGAAGAAGGUGAUGUCGUGGGAUUGGCAGCAAUUACAUAAGGAGUUUCAGAUAUUCAUGUUUUCAUGGUGAGUGUACAGAAAUGGAAUUUAAUUUAAUGAGGAAAACAUGGCUUCUUUUUGGUCCUUCCUCCAGUAGUCCCCCAUGUUGUACAUUAUUUCAUAUCUUGAGGCUGUCUCAAUUAGAAGUUGGACUAUCUGUACAGAGCAUGCUUUGUCCUCUUCGUAGGAAGAUCAGGUUUGUCAAAGGGUUGAUUGCUGUUUUUGUACAUUUUUUUUCUCUUUUUUAAUUAACAUUUCUUUAAUAAUAUAGUUGAUAUUAAUGGUGAGAUUGAAUGUGUAACCACCUCCCCAAGUAUUUGGGAUCAAGGCUUUCUUGAGUUGAGUAUUUUAUUUUAGUUAUCUCCCAAGGUUGCAACAUAAACAUCAUAAAUACAUUAUUUGGUUUUGAUA